AUGAAUUAAUAGGCAGAAAAACUACGUCUUUAUGCCCAAGAAAAUGUGGUGUUUCUACUCUAGAAAUUGAUGGAGGAUAUUCUGGCCUAAUAGCCAAAAAAUGUGGUAAAUUCAAAUAAGAAAUUAUUAGAUUGAUUGGUCUAUAGCAUGGUUGGAUAAAUAAGGAAGGGAUAUUGUUAAAUCAAGAUAGAAAAAAAAUGCGCUUUCAUCCUCCUCUGAUGAAGAAGUAAUAGAAUUGCCUAAAAGACCUGCUGCUGCUAGGAAAUAAAGAGCCUCUAUUUCAGCUGAAGCCUAUGGAUAAUACAAUAGAAAGGAGGUGUAUAUUUAAUAUUAAAAUAACAGUCAUUUUAACCUAGAGUGAUUGUCAAGACUCAGUAAUAGAAGGAAAAAAUAGGGAAAAGACUAGAGCAAUCGUUCAUGUUUGCAUCACUUGACUAAAGAGAAAAAGACAUCGUAAUUGAUGCAAUGGAAGAACGUAGUUACAAGUAAAAUUUGAUAUGCAAUAUUAGUGCAGAGGAUUGGGUCAUCCAAUAAGGAGACAAUGGUGAUAAUUUAUAUGUUGUCGAUUAAGGGGAGCUUAAUUGUUAUAAGAGAUUUACAAAAGAUGGGGAAAACAAAUUUUUAAAAGUUUAUUACCCCGGAGAAUCAUUUGGAGAAUUGGCCUUAUUGUAUAAUGCACCUAGAGCUGCUUCAAUUCAGUGUAAAACAAAUUCUGUCUUAUUUGCAUUGGAUAGAUAAACAUUUAAUCAUAUUGUAAAAGAUGCAGCAAUGAGGUAUGCAUUACUUAUUAUAUUCUAGAAAGAGGGAAAAAUAUGUAAAUGUCCUUAAGCAAAUCGAAUUGCUGUCAAUGAUGGAUCCUUAUGAAAGGUCUCAUGUUGCAGAUGCAAUCAGAAGUGCCACUUUCCAAAACGGAGAUUAUGUCAUUAGGGAAGGAGAAUAAGGAGAUAUAUUUUAUAUGAUAGAGGAGGGAGAAUUGAUUGCCACAAAAACACUGGUUCAGGGAUAAGAACCAGUUAAAGUCUUUCAAUAUAAAGCAGGUGAUUAUUUUGGAGAAUUAGCUUUACUAAAGGACAUUCCAAGAUAAGCCAAUAUUGUUGCAUAAGUAAAUUCAGUAUUCAUACUUUAUAUAGACAGAAGUUAAAUUGAUCUACUUGGACAGACAUAGUUUCAAAAGAAUGUUAGGACCUCUAGAAGACAUAUUAAAAAGAAACACUGAGAAAUAUUAAAAAUAUGAGUAAUAUUGGAUCAACUAAGGUUAAUGA